AUGGCUAUUUGUAGUAGUUGGCAUUCAAAUGCAUCCAAACUUCUUAUGCAUGUCAUGUUGAUCGCGCUCUUCCUCUUUUGUCUCUGCCUUGGUGGUAGAGAUGGUUCCAUGGUGGAGGGGGCCUGUAUAGAGAGUGAAAGGAGAGCUCUACUUUCCAUCAAAGAAGAUAUCUACGAUCCGGAUCAGUGGCUCUCCUCUUGGAAGGGCCAAGACUGCUGUAGAUGGAGGGGAGUGGGCUGCAAUAAUAUCACGGGCCAUGUGGUAAAGCUCGAUCUCAGAUACCCAUAUGAUUGGGAUGUCCAAUAUGAAACUAUGAAAUUUCCAGGUCCAAGUAAGGUGAAUUCUUCUUUGCUUGACUUGAUGCAUUUGAAGUAUUUGGAUUUGAGCUUGAACAAUUUUUCUGGAGCUCCCAUUCCUAAAUUCAUGGGUUCCCUUGUACAUUUAGAAUAUCUUAACCUCUCCUAUGCUGAGUUCAGCGGAUCCAUUCCACCUGAGCUUGGAAACCUCUCGAGCUUGCACUUCUUUGAUAUUCAGUGGAAUGGCUAUUAUUUUUAUGAUUCUGGAUGGACCUCUUUACGCGCUGAUAGCCUUCGUUUUCUCUCCAACAUCCCUUCUUUGCAACUACUUGACUUCAGUAGCGUCAACCUCUCCAAGGCAGCUAACUGGCUUCAUGAGGUUAACAUGCUCCCAUCUCUAUUAGGCUUGUAUUUGUCUGAUACUGACCUCCCUGUUGUGUCUGCUUCUAUAUCAAAUGUUAACCUCACAUCUCUCACCAUACUCGUUCUAUCUUGGAAUUAUCAUCUCAAUACUAGCAUACCCCACUGGUUGUUCAAUAUCAGCAGUCUCAUGCAUCUCGAUCUUUAUGGAUGUGGUUUAUCUGAUAGGCUACUAUUCGCUAUAGGGGAUUUACAUAACUUGAAAUUCUUAAAUUUAUCUAAUAAUCAAAUUACCGGAGAAAUUUUUCAAUCCUUGGGAAACUUCAGCCACUUGGAACAUCUAAGAAUGGGUAGGAAUAGAAUUAUUGGAGAGAUACCAGCAAUCAUUGGGAACCUUGUCCACCUAAAGUUCCUAGAUUUAUCGGCUAAUAAGAUCACUGGAGAGAUGCCAGCAAUCAUUGGGAACCUCAUCCACUUAGAGCGGUUGUAUUUAUCAAAUAAUGAGAUUAAUGGAGAGAUACCAGACCUUUUCGACAAGCUUCAUAAACUUCAUUAUUUGGCAUUAUCAAACAAUCACAUAACUGGGAAUAUACAGAGAUUUAUAAGGAAUCAAUGCAAGUUGAACAUCCUACAAGCACUAUUUUUAUCCUAUAACAAGAUUGGUGGAGAGAUACCAGAAAUUUUAGGUCAGCUGUCUACACUACAAUCCUUGGGUCUGGCCUCAAACUCCUUUACGGGUCGUUUGACAAAAGCCCACUUUGCCAACCUUACGAGAUUGGACCUUUUGAAUCUGUCUAACAACUCAUUUGAAUUGAGCCUAAAUCAGGAUUGGAUACCUCCUUUUAAUGCUAGAUAUAUUGUGAUGGACUCUUGUCACUUGGGACCGAAAUUUCCAACUUGGCUUCGUACACAAACAAAUUUAGAAAGACUAUCACUACGUGAAAAUGACAUUUCAGAUGGCUUUCCUACUUGGUUUUGGGAUCUAAAUAAUAUUUUUUAUCUGAAUGUAUCCCAUAAUAGUAUGACAGGACCGCUGCCAGCUUCUUUAGGAGGCCAGCGAUAUGGCUACUUUGAUGUGAGUUCGAACAACAUUCACGGUCCAAUUCCUGAAUUGAAUACUUCUUACCUAUACACCAUGAUACUAUCUAACAACUCAUUUUCUGGAUCUAUUCCCUUGAGCUUUGCCAAAGCUACAAAUCUUGAAUUCUUUAUUUUGUCCUAUAACCGUAUUAAUGGUAGCAUCCCUCAAUUCCUUUGCAAUCUACCUUCAUUAGAAGUUCUUGAUCUCUCCAACAAUAACUUGUCUGGUGGCGUCCCACUAUUUUUUAGCAGUCUGGCUUCAUUGGAGGUUCUCGAUCUAUCUAACAAUAAGUUAUCUGGAGAACUUCAUCACUAUCGAGACAAACCACAGGAACAAAUGACUGAUUCCCAAAAGGACAGCAAGCUAGAACAUUCUUCAGACUCAAUGGCAUGUCCUGCUAACCUCCAAUCGCUGCAUCUGAGAAAGAACAAGCUCUCUGGAAACCUACCUUUAUGGCUGAAAUAUUGUAAACAGUUGGUUGUUCUUGAUUUUAGUGAAAAUACAUUCUCAGGCAACCUGCCAGUAUGGAUUGGAGAAAGCCUCAGAUCAUUGAGAGUUCUUUCUUUGAGGUCAAAUUUUUUCAACGGUAGUAUCCCAGUGCAACUAUCGCGUCUUACUUCUCUUCAAGUUUUGGACCUCGCUUGCAACAAUUUUUCAG